CGCCCUCUGGUGUCAUGUAUCCAGAUGGUGUGUUGGUUGCGCUGAGUUGCUGGGUACUGGCAGUGCAGGCCGGGACAGGGACUAUGUAGUGAGGACGGCUGGUAGCGGCCAUACAUGAUCUGAGCGCUGUCUCCUGGACCUGAUCGCCCUUCCCCCGGCUGUGUGGAGGGCAGGAAGGAGGAGGGGAGAAGUCAUGGAGGGGAUCUCAGCCCUGGAGAAGAAUGUGGCCGAGCUGACAGUCAUGGAUGUUUAUGACAUCGCAUCAGCCGUGGGGCAGGAGUUUGAGAGAGUCAUUGACCACUAUGGCUGUGAGGCCAUCAGCCGGCUCAUGCCCAAAGUAGUGCGGGUCCUGGAGAUCCUGGAGGUCCUGGUCAGCAGGAACAACAUUAACCCAGAGAUGGAGGAGCUGAGGCUGGAGCUGGACAGGCUGAGGCUGGAGCGGAUGGACAGGAUAGAGAAGGAGAAGAAGCACCAGAAGGAGCUUGAGCUGGUGGAGGAUGUUUGGAGGGGAGAAGCACAGGACCUUCUCGGCCAAAUUGCUCAACUACAGGAGGAAAACAAACAGCUACUUUCUAAUCGGCCAUUAAUGGAUGUCAAUUUGACAGAGGAAGACUUUCAGAAGCAUGAAGGCAUGUCAGAAAGAGAAAGACAAGUGAUGAAAAAGCUGAAGGAAGUGGUGGACAAGCAAAGAGAUGAAAUAAGAGCCAAAGACCGAGAACUUGUUCUAAAGAAUGAAGAUGUAGAAGCGUUACAACAGCAGCAGAAUCGCCUGAUGAAGAUUAACCAUGACCUGCGACAUCGCAUUAAUGUGGUAGAGGCACAAGGAAAAUCGCUCAUUGAGCAGAAAGUAGAGCUGGAGGCAUAUCUGCAAGCCAAGGAGCAGGAGUCUGGUAAUAUGAGAAUGGAGAUUGCAAAACUGAGGGACAGGUUGAAAGGAGAGCCAGUACAAAAUGGUGAAGAGAAAAAGGAGAAGACUGAAGCCAUAAAUGAAGAAUGUAUUUUUGACCCCGAGAAACUAUCUAUGGACCUUAAAGACUCCAAUCGGCCUAGGUUUACAUUGCAAGAACUGAGAGACGUCUUGCAUGAAAGAAAUGAAUUAAAAUCCAAAGUCUUUAUGCUGCAGGAGGAACUUGCCUAUUACAAAAGCGAGGAAACAGAGGAGGAAAACAAGGUUCCACAAUCAUCCCCAGUAAUUAACCCCAGACCUCCCAACCCACAGGAGUCUGGUAUCAAAAGGCUGUUUAGCUUCUUCUCGAGGGAUAAAAAGCGAAUGCCCAUGACGCAGAAAAACUCCACCUUUCAUGAAUCUUUUGGUGUCUGGGCAGAUUACAAUAGAGACGAUGGAUACACAGAGCAGGGACAAGAAGCUUUACCGCAUAUGUGACUUUAAAAGAGACAUUAGAUGUACACAUGCAACAGCUGAUGUUUUUGUUCUGCCUUACAUGCCUAAAAACAUUUCACCGUGCCAUAAAUGUACUGAAUAAGCUGUGCAAAAUUACUUGGUUACUGGAAGUAACAUCAUAUGGGGAUAUCUGAGUGCUGCGUGGACAUUUAACCUAGGAACCCUGGUUCUUUUAUAGUGGUUUGUUCAUAUUAAUGCAGGAAAAACUGAAAACAUCAGGAGUACUGAGGAUUGAGUUUUUUUAUGUCGUAGGUUAUACUGGUUUAGCUACGCACAGUUUGCAAAGCUUUUCAAUCAGUAUUAAGAGAAUCUGUCACCUACUUCAGGCUUCCCUCUAUGUGAGCGGCCUAUUAUUUAUUGUAGAUCACUAUGAUCUAGGAGUCUGUGUAUACAUGAGCUGCUUGCAUCUGUAACCCGACUAUGGGGAAGACUAGAGAUGAGCAAACUUACAGUAAAUUCGAUUCGUCACGAACUUCUCGACUCGGCAGUUGAUGACU